CGCGCAUGCCUGGGCUUCCGACUACGCCGCCGGCCGUGACGGACAGGUCUCCCCAGCUGCGGGUCGGGACCGCCCCUCCUGGGGGCGGUGGCUGGGACGGCCUUGUUGUUGUGUAGCGGAGGGCAAGCUGCCGCGGAGCUCUGAGUCCUAGCGCCUGGUCGCGCGUCGCUGCGGCAAGCCGCACAGACCCUCGCCGCAGGAUUAAUUUAUUUUUGGAAAUCAAGUGCAAUAUUAAAAGGAAAACAAACCACAUUACAUUAUUGGAAGCCAUUUCUGCUAAUUUUAUUACUUUUUAAAAUUUAUGAUUUGAUUUGAAUACUGUCAUGGGAGGAGCUGUGAGUGCUGGGGAAGAUAAUGAUGACUUAAUUGAUAACUUAAAAGAAGCUCAGUAUAUCCGCACUGAAAAAGUGGAGCAAGCCUUCAGAGCUAUUGAUCGUGGAGAUUACUAUUUGGAAGGCUACCGAGACAAUGCUUACAAAGACUUAGCCUGGAAGCAUGGGAACAUACACUUGUCAGCACCUUGCAUUUACUCUGAAGUUAUGGAAGCAUUGAAACUUCAACCAGGAUUGUCUUUUCUUAACCUGGGAAGUGGAACCGGAUAUUUAAGUACAAUGGUGGGCUUAAUUUUAGGUCCUUUUGGAAUAAAUCAUGGGAUUGAGCUUCAUUCAGAUGUGGUGGAAUAUGCCAAGGAAAAACUGGAGAGCUUCAUCAAAAAUAGUGAUAGCUUUGAUAAAUUUGAGUUCUGUGAACCUGCAUUUGUGGUUGGUAAUUGCCUCCAGAUAGCAUCAGACAGUCAUCAGUAUGAUCGAAUUUAUUGUGGAGCUGGAGUCCAGAAAGACCAUGAAAACUACAUGAAAAUAUUACUAAAAGUUGGAGGCAUUCUAGUCAUGCCUAUAGAAGAUCAGUUAACACAAAUUAUGCGAACUGGACAAAACACUUGGGAAAGUAAGAAUAUCCUUGCUGUUUCAUUUGCUCCACUUGUGCAACCAAGUAAGAAUGAUAAUGGCAAACCCGAUUCAGUGGGACUCCCCCCCUGUGCUGUCAGGAAUCUGCAGGACUUGGCUCGCAUUUACAUUCGACGCACACUUAGAAAUUUCAUAAAUGAUGAGAUGCAGGCCAAGGGGAUUCCUCAGAGGGCUCCACCCAAAAGGAAAAGAAAGCGAGUUAAGCAGAGAAUUAACACCUACGUAUUUGUGGGUAAUCAGCUUAUUCCUCAGCCUCUAGACAGUGAAGAGGAUGAAAAAAUGGAAGAGGAUAACAAAGAAGAGGAGGAGAAAGACCAUAGUGAAGCCAUGAAAGCAGAGGAGCCCCCUCAGAAUUUACUGAGAGAAAAAAUCAUGAAGCUCCCUCUCCCCGAAUCUUUAAAAGCUUACUUGACAUAUUUUAGAGAAAAAUAACUUAGAUCAAGAAAGAAUGCCUACUGAUAAUUCCUUUAGUCUUGAAAAUGUAGCAUUUGCUAGGAGAUAAAGGAGAGAGAAUUCUUUCUUUCAUCAGAGCAAAUUAUAGUGGAAAAUAUAAUUUGUUUCUGUUUUAGUAAUAAAAAUGAUUAUUCAGUGAUUAAAACCUUUUAUAAAAUAUAUUUUCUUUAAAUCUUGGAAAAGUUGCUGUUUUAACUCAGAGUGACUUCAAGAGUGGAAUGCAACAAUAGUCAAGACUUUGUGUACUGUAAAUCCUUUUCUGACUCCUUACAGAUUUGUAGUGGUGAGGGUUAGAUUUAAUUUUAUAUACGGUUAAAUAAUGUUAAGCAUAUACUAAUUUGAAUUGCUGUUGUUUGCAUUUCCUUUGAAAACUUUCUUACCUAAUAAGGAAAUCGAAUACUUUGUAGACCCAGUAACCUUACUUUUGUUGCAAUCACUGUUGCUGAGUUGUGAUAGAUGUAUUCCGGGCAAUAUAUGAGUGCAAUAACAAUACAGAUACUGAAUAAUUUAGCUUUAAAAAAAAACAAAGAAUUUUUCAUGGAAUUCAACAGCACUGCUAUUUUUUGCUUUUGACUCUAUUGCCAAAAGACAUGGGGAAAAUAUCUGCUUCUCUCAUAGAGAUUUUAAGAGCACAUCAGUGAAUAUUAAAGUUAGAAGUACAUACUUAAUACAAUUUUUAAUUUGUAUGGACCCUUUACAUUUUCAGUAUUUAAAAAUAAUGAGGUUAUCUUACUCACUGGAGUUUUAGAAGAUAGUAUAUUUAGGAUUUUUUUUUCCUAUAGUCUAUAAAGUAUUCAGUUUAAAAAUCCAUUGUCCCAUAUGACUGUCCAUGGCACAGGCAGUGAGUGAGUGAGUGAGUGAGUGACAGCUCCUUUCUGGGGUUACACGCAGCAGCAGGGCCAGAGCAAAUGAGGUCAGCAGGCGCACUUUAGCGAAUGGAACUUUCAGCUCAUCUGAAUAUUCAUCUUUGACAACGUAGAGCUGAGCUAGACAUUCAUAAAAAUUGUAUGUAGAUGCUUUAUGCUUUGAAAAUCUGGUUCAGAAUCAUAGUGUAAUCUUUGGGACCUAUGUUGUGCUCAUUUAACUUACUUUUUUUUUUGUAAAAUCAUUUUCAUUUUCAUUUUUUGUUUAAUACCACAUACUUAAAACUGUUCAUCAUUUGAAAGGUCAUUGUAGCUUAACAGUGAUAAGACAGGUAGUAAAUGCCAUUAUUAGUUUUGUUUCUUCCUAGUAGGGCCUGAAAACAGUCAUUCCUUGUUAAGAAAGUAUACAGUGUGACAUAUUUACUACUUAAUGUUACAUGGAUUAUAUAUUUUUUAAAAGGAAAAAUUUGAGAUAUCACUUAUUACCACCAGCAACACUGUUAAAAUAGCUGAUCAGAUAUGCUUAAGGAAACCCAGUGGCUAUAUAGUAAAAGGAUUAUUAUCUCUCUGCACAGAUUCAAUUAUUGUUAAUAUAUAGAUGGUUUCAAAAAGCUCUGGUAAAUUCCACACCUCUAAAAACAAGUGUUUGAAAUAUUCUAAGCAUGAAUCAUACCAAGUAAAUGAGGAUAUUUUAGUAAUGUGAAAGGUAAUUUCAUGGAUGGUAGUUUUAUAGCAGUGGCUAUGGCAAAGGGUUAGGAGCUGGGGGGUAGCUCCACAGUUUUUCUAGAUUAGUACUAAGGUGUUAAGAAAUGGCCCAUCUAAUUUCUAUCAAGGAAAAAAAGUUUCAUAUAGUCAUCUAUUAGAAAUGUUCAUUUUAUUUUGAAUUAAAUGUUAGUUUCAGAAGUUUAGUCUUGGAUUCCUGGUACCUACAUAUUUUUAUCUAACCCUCCCCCUAUACACACACUUUGUCGUUUUGGAGCUGGUGUCCAGAUGUGUACACAUACAUACUCUUGAAUGAUAAUUUUACUAAUCAGGAAUAAGUUUUGGUUAAGGAUAUAUUUGAAGUUUCACUUUUAUAUACUGUCACUCAUGCUGUUGACCUCGGCAAAGUGUGUAUUUUCAUCAUCAUUACAUAUUUUUUGUCAUUGAAGUGUAUCUUUUGUGUUUUUAAAUGCAUACAUUUUAUAGUUGUGACUUUAUUAUUGACUUUAAAUAAUGAAGUAGAAAUAAAAAGUGAAAAUUCAAGUGAAAGCCCUUUCAUCUAUUAAUGGGAAUAUAUUAGAAUGAUUAAGAAUAUUUGGGUUUGUAUUUUUAUUUAAUGGCUUCAUGUUUACUUGAGUAUGCAUAAUUUAUAGGUAGAGAAGUAACAAAUAAAGAUGAGGUAAAAUUAAUCUGAGGAAUAUAUUCAUGGGGUCUUACAGCCAGAUAAAACAAAAAGAAAUAAUGUAGUAAUCUAGCCUUUUUAUUUUGCAGAGAGACAAUAGGCCUAGGAAGGUGGCAUGAUUUUUAUAAGUCAGCUAGUUGAAGACAGCUUGAAUAGCAUCCAGCAUAUGAUAAAUCCCAAGAAACUGUUAACACCGUAAUUACUAAAAAGAUACUUUAAAUCUGUACUGCUUAUUGGUCAACAUAUGUGGUUGUAGUGUUCAAGAAAGAUGUCAUUAAAAUAGUAUACAUAAUGGUUAAAAUUAAAAAAUGUAAAUGUUGGUUUCUAGCUGUUCAGGAGGAUAAAAAUGAAGCAAAAGCUGUUAAUUAUGGGAAGACUUGGAAAAUUAUUUUAAAUAAACUGUUGCAUAUAAUUAAGCAUCA